AUGAGUGAAUCAGAAUCUGACUUUAGUGAAAGUGUACACAGUGAAUCUGAUUUUGAUGAUUUCGAUGGUUCCUUCGAAAAGAAGAAAUCAUCACAAUCAUCCCAAUCAUCGCAAAAGAAAUCCAAACCUUUAGGAGAUUCAACUAAUGUCACUGAAAUGAUAAAUUCACAAACUAAGAAAACAGCAUCAGAUCAAUACCAGAGAUUAUCUCAAUUGGAACAUAUUUUGAAAAGACCCGAUACUUAUAUUGGAUCAGUUGAGAGAUCACCUGUUGAAAUGUGGUGUUUUGAUGCCACUACUGAACAAAUGGUAUAUAAAGAAGUAUCUAUCGUACCUGGAUUGUAUAAGAUAUUCGAUGAAAUUCUUGUCAAUGCUGCCGAUAAUAAGAUCAGAGAUCCUACCAUGAAGAAUAUCAAGGUAAAAAUUGAUCCUGAGAACAAUUUGAUUGAAGUUAUGAAUGAUGGGAAAGGUAUUCCAGUUGAAAUCCAUGAAAAGGAAAAGAUAUAUAUCCCGGAAUUAAUCUUUGGUAACUUAUUAACUUCAUCUAAUUAUGAUGAUGAUGAGAAGAAAGUUACUGGGGGUAGAAAUGGGUAUGGGGCCAAAUUAUGUAAUAUUUUCUCUACAGAAUUUCAAUUGGAAACGGCUGAUGCCUCUCAUGAGAAGAAUUAUAAACAACUUUGGUCAAAGAAUAUGUCAGUAGUACAAAAACCCAAGAUUACAAAGAUGAAAUCCAGUAAAGAAUUCACCAGGAUUACUUUCAAACCCGAUUUAGGUAAAUUUGGUAUGGAUUCUUUAGAUGAAGAGACUUUAUCAGUAUUAAGAAGAAGAGUUUAUGAUUUAUGUGGUACUGUGAAAGACUGUAAUGUUUAUUUGAAUGAUAAAAGAUUAAGUAUUAGGAAUUUCAAGAGUUAUGUGGAAAUGUAUGUUAAGGCCAUUAAGGAAAGAAAUCCUGAACCUGAAGAUGAAGAGAAGAAAUAUCAAACUAUCGUUCAUGAAGUAUUUAAUGAUAAAUGGGAAAUAGCUUUUGCUGUUAGUGAUGGGACUUUUAAUCAAGUAAGUUUUGUUAAUUCUAUCGCUACUACAACUGGAGGAACUCAUGUGAAAUUUGUUUCUGAUGCCAUUAUUUCAAAAUUGAUUGAACAAGUAACUAAGAAAGAGAAAGGGAAGAAGAAAUUGAUGAUCAGACCUCAAGAAGUUAGAAAUAAUAUGUUCUUAUUUGUUAAUUGUUUGAUUGAAAAUCCAGCUUUUACUUCUCAAACUAAAGAACAAUUGACUACCAAGACCAGUCAAUUUAACUCUAAAGCUAAGGAUAAGUUGGUAAUCAAUGAUCAAUUCAUUACCAGGAUCUUAAAGACUUCCAUUGUAGAUAAAAUCAGAUCUAUCGCUAAUGCUAAUGAAGAUAAAGCAUUACAAAAAGCUGAUGGAUCAAAGAAAUCAAGAGUUAAAGGACAAGUGAAAUUAGUUGAUGCUAAUAAAGCAGGAACUAAAGAAGGUCAUAAAUGUACAUUAAUUUUGACUGAAGGGGAUUCAGCUUUAUCAUUAGCUGUGGCUGGUUUGGCAGUCAUAGGUAGAGAUUAUUAUGGAUGUUUCCCAUUAAGAGGUAAACUUUUAAAUGUUAGGGAAGCUUCUACUGAACAAGUAAGUAAGAAUGCCGAAAUCAAUGCUUUAAAACAGAUUAUUGGAUUACAACAUAAAAAGAAAUAUACUGCUGAAAAUAUCAGUAGUUUAAGAUAUGGUAGUAUUAUGAUUAUGACAGAUCAAGAUCAAGAUGGUUCUCAUAUUAAAGGAUUAAUCAUUAAUUUCUUAGAAUCAAGUUUCCCUGGAUUAUUAGAAAUCCCCGGGUUUUUAUUAGAAUUCAUUACUCCUAUUGUUAAAGUUACUAUAAGUCAAAGAGGUGGAGGGAAGAAAAUCAUCCCUUUUUAUACGAUGCCAGAAUUUGAACAAUGGAGAGAAACUGAAGGUACAAGAUGUAGAUGGAAACAGAAGUAUUAUAAAGGGUUAGGUACAUCAACAGAUGUUGAAGCUCGUGAAUAUUUCUCUGCCUUAGACAAACAUUUGAAAAGAUUCCAUGCCAUUCAAGGGAAUGAUCCUGAAUAUAUUGAUUUAGCAUUUUCUAAGAAGAAAGCUGAUGAAAGAAAAGAUUGGUUACAAAAUUUCCAACCAGGAACUCAUCUUGAUCCAAAUUUACAGAUCAUUCCUAUAGGAGAUUUCAUCAAUAAGGAAUUAAUUUUAUUCUCAAUGGCUGAUAAUGUAAGAUCCAUUCCUUCAGUUUUAGAUGGGUUUAAACCUGGUCAAAGAAAGGUUCUUUUUGGAUGUUUUAAGAGAAAUUUGAAAUCUGAAAUCAAAGUAGCUCAAUUAGCUGGUUAUGUUUCAGAACACACCGGUUAUCAUCAUGGAGAACAAUCAUUGGUUCAAACCAUUAUUGGGUUAGCCCAAAAUUUCAUUGGAUCUAAUAAUCUUAAUUUAUUGAAACCAAACGGUGCUUUUGGUACCAGAGCUGCCGGUGGUAAAGAUUUCUCUGCUGCUCGUUAUAUUUUCACUGAAAUUAAUGAAAUCACUCGGAAAAUCUUUAAUCCUUUAGAUAAUGCGUUAUUGAAUUAUGUUCAAGAAGAUGAACAAACAGUUGAACCCGAAUGGUAUGUACCAAUUAUCCCCAUGUUAUUAGUUAAUGGUACGGAAGGGAUUGGUACUGGGUGGUCGACUAAUAUUCCAUGUUAUAAUCCUAAAGAUUUAGUUAAUAAUUUAAAGAAAAUGAUGAAUAAUGAAGAAUUAGAUGAAAUGAUGCCAUGGUAUAGAGGUUGGGAAGGUAAUAUCGAACCUUUAGGUAAAGAUAAAUUUAAAGUCCUGGGGAGAAUUGAAGAAAUUGAUGAUACUACAUUAGAAAUUACUGAAAUCCCCGUUAAAACUUGGACUAAUAACAUUAAAGAAUUCUUAAUUAGUGGGUUAGGUAAUGAAAAGACCAAACCUUGGAUUAAAGAUAUGGAAGAACAACAUGGUAUAAAUAUCCGAUUCAUCGUUAAAUUGAUUAAAGAAGAAAUGGAGAAAUCUUAUAAGGUUGGAUUAUUAGAAAGGUUUAAAUUAGUUUCUACCAUCAACUUAACCAAUAUGGUAGCGUUUGAUCCUAGAGGGAAAAUUAAGAAAUAUGAAUCACCUCUUGAAAUCUUAAAAGAUUUCUAUUAUGUUAGAUUAGAAUAUUAUCAAAAACGUAAGGAUUUCAUGACCGAUGAUUUAACUAACCAAUUGACUAAAUUGACAGAACAAGCCAGGUUCAUUAAAUUGAUCAUUGAUAAGCAAAUAUCCGUUUCUAAUAAGAAAAGACUCGAAUUGGUAGAGAUUUUAAGUAACCAUAACUUCAAAAGAUUCAAUAAAGAAGGGAAGAUUGUUGAAGAUCAAGUAUCGAUUGAUGAAGAUACUGAGAUGGAUAUUGAAGAACAAGAAGCCAAUGCAGAUAUCAGUGAAUUGAAUGCUACAGGAGUUAAUAAUGAUGAUGAUGAAAAUAGACCAGAAAAUGUUUAUCAACAAUAUGAUUAUUUAUUAGGAAUGUCAUUAUGGUCAUUAACCAAAGAAAGGUAUGAGAAAUUAUUGAAACAAAGAGAUGAUAAACAAGAAGAAUUGACCAGAUUAUUGAGGAAAUCAGCUAAAGAUUUAUGGAAUGAAGAUUUAGAUGAGUUUUUGAUUGCUUGGGAAAAAUUCUUGGAAUUAGAUUUUGAAGCUAGAUCCAGUGUUAUUCCUCUGAAGGGAACCAAGAGAAAGGGUAAAAGAGUAAUGAAUAAACCUAAGUUGGAAAAGGGAGACAGUAAGAUUAAGAGAGUUAAAUUGGAGAAAUCUGAUAGUAAAUUAAAAGCUUCUCAGAGUUAUAGUCAAUCCCAAUCACAACUUCCAACCCAAGCAUCACAACUUCCAACCCAAGCAUCCCAAUCCCAAUCACAACCUUCAACCCAAGUUCAAGCAUCUCAAUUAUCACAAUCAUCUUCAACACCUAAAAAACAAUCUCAAUUACCUGAAUUCUUCUCGCCUCAAACUAAACCAAUCAAGCAAGAAAAAAGAAUCAUCAGUAUCUUUAGUGAUAGUGAAGAUGAUGAAUUGUUAGGUUUAAAGCCAUCAGCCCCUCCAACAAAACAACCUCAUCCAAUACCUCGUGCUGAACCAACAAUUCCCAAAGUAGAAAAAUCAAUUCCCAAAACAGAAAAACCAAAAGAAUCUUCUCAAAAAAGAUCUAGAACUCCUGGUCAAUCUCCUUCACCACCUCCUAAAAGAAAAACCAAAUAUAAAGUAAUUGAUCUGGACUCCGAAUCAGAGGUUGUAUCGGAAUCAGAUGCCAUUUCAGAAUCAUCUUUUAAUGAAUCUGAUGAUUCUUAUGAUUAA